AUGCCGAAUACACCGGUCACGCCAUGUGCUCCAUCUCCACCUCCAUAUGUAAAGGAUGUCGAGCCUCCUUCUCGUGAAACGACUAUAUGCCAGGAUACAGCCCCUCAAUCACUCAAUGAUGUGACAAGCGAUUGUGGCGAUGAGUGGCAUGAUGCAGACGAACAUUCAUCACUUUCACUUGAUAGUGCUGAAGAGGCAAUAGAACGGCGAACACCACCCGGUGUUGGAGCGGUCGUAGAAGUGGCCGCUGCUCCGCAGGCAAUGAAUGAAGUCGAGCAGAAGAAACCCGCACGAACAUUGCUAUUUGGAGAUUAUGACAAUAUACUGAUUCCUAAAACUCAUGUGUAUUAUGACUUAGUGGACCAUUUAGCUAAAGAGCAGCUCAGGUAUGCCUUAGCCGGUGUUGAAGAUAACGUGUGGACCCUUUUCGCUGAAGAUGGUGCUAUGAAAAUGUAUACCCGUGAAGAAACAGGUCGAUGGUGGAUUGCCGAUAGAUCCCCUCAAAGCUGUUCAUCAAGUGCAGGGAGUUUCUGCUCUUGA